AUGCCGCAUCAAUCUCAUGCCAAUUACAAGAGAGAGAGGAGUCCAACACCCAACCACCCUCCCUUUUAUUGCAAUGCCAUCACAAGAAGAAGCACUACUCAAGUCCAUGAGGACAAUGAAGAAGAAGAAAGAGAGUAUGAGGAACAAUUGAAUGAUGAAGAUGAAGAGCAGAGCAUCGACAUCAAUGCUUCCCCAAAACAGAGCAUGGAUACACCAAGCCCUAGAGACCCUCGUUUCUCACCAAGAAGUCAAGCUUCUACACUUCCAAGAUUGGAAGCAAUGCAAAGACCAUCACCACCUACUGAAGAAGAAGAUACUUGGCAGUAUGAUCCCAUUGAUCCCAACAAGAUAAGCCCCAUGAAGCUUAAGGAGUUCAAUGCUAAGGUGAAAUCACUUCCAUUCUAUGUCACUUUUGAAGAAGCUUGGGAUAAGCAUGGUCUAGUGGAGUUCUUUUUCACAACUAGUGAAAACAAAGAAGAGAUACACCAACUUUUCAGGAAGGCUCGAUUUCCCCUUGCCCCUCAUGGAGUCAAUCAACCACCAUCACCACCAUCAUCACCACCACCUCAGUGGUAUGUCAAUUCCAUAUCAAGAGAGAAGCUUGCUGAGUUCAAUCAGUUUGUCCAAACUCUUCCAGCCAGCAUGUCUUUCAAACAAGCUUGGCGCCACUACCCAUUCACCACCUUUCUUCCACAACUGCAAGGAGACACCUGA